AUGAGUGAUAUAUUGAUUGAUGAUCGUAUUAGAGACUGGGUAUUCUUGCCAAUAAUAAUUGUGAUGUUUAUGAUACAGAUGUUCAGAGGAUUGCUAACAAAAUAUAUGGACAAUAAAAAAACAUCGCAAAAAGUGACAUCAAAAGCUUAAGUUUCUGAGAUGAUUGAUAAGUACGUAGAGUAGACAACAUAAUUAGAAAUAUAACUCAACAAUCUUAAAGACUAGCGCGAUUACAUGGAUUAUUGCCAGAUCAUUCUUUUAAGAUGAAGAGGGCUCAUUUAUGUGAUAAUAAAUCAGGCAUAUUAACAAAGGCAAGUGAGAAGCCAGCAAAGGAUCCAAUGCAAUCAAUGUCCAUGAUGAAUCCAGCUGCCAUGGCUGAUAUGCUAAAACAAAAUUUAAGUGGAAUUGUAUUCAUGGCACUUCAAUAUUAAUGGGUUUCUUAUUUUUUUUCUGGUUUUGUGAUUGGAAAGGUCCCAUUUCCUUUGACUCAGAAAUUCAGAACAAUGUUAUAGAGAGGAGUAGAUGUGCAGAACUUAGAUGUUAGAUAUAUAAGUAGUAUCAGUAUUUACUUUGUGUUGUUGUUUGGAGGUCUUUAAAAGAUUCAGUAAUUGAUGUUUGGGGAUGAUACUGACGAGUUUGUUGAUGGUAUUGAGUGUUUUGAGUAUGAUUAGAUACUUAGAUGUAGAUGUAGAUGCAAAUGAUGGGAAUGCCAGCAAUGCCCUCUUUUGGGUAGUAGAAUGACCCAGGAAAAUUGUUUAUAGCUGAAAGAAGUAAUUAAAUGAAUAGAAUUUAGCUCGUUUGGAGGGAGUAAAGCAUACAUUUGAAUUGAACAAAUCAUAGGAUAAGGCCAUAAAAUCCUUAAAGAGAUUUUUAAUUCAAUGAUGUACAAUAAAUGUUAUAUAUUAUUUUGAUAAAC